AUGGGAUCCAAAAGUGACCAAGAAAAGGUGUUCCGUUGCCAGGCAAAGUUUGUAUACAACCAUGGCCAGAAACCGACCUUGACCUUUGUCACUCCCAGCAAUCUGUCGAGUGUCCUCUAUCGAUUCUACCCUCUGCUAAUAAUUGUCGAUGGUGCCCUGAGUAAUGCCAUGUGGGUUUGUGAGGACAAGUGUCUCCCGUUUAUCCAUCUGGUUAUGGUAUGUUUCGUGGUUAACCUGCUGACGUUUACUGAGCGAGGAGCUGGCGUAAGCUGGGUUAGUUUGAGCGACAUCUUUAUGUGCUGGCUGGGACUAAUGAGUGCUUUUCUACUGUUGCUCACUUUUGCCUACUACGUAUUGACCAUUUACCAAGACCUCAGAGACUCAGAACCGCCCACGCUGGAUGACAUCGUCAUUGUUCUGGAAUCAGUUCUAGAUAAACUGGGGACUAUGCGGGCAGAAGUACUUGGAAAAGCGCUCGAUACAAGAAACUGGGUCAACCUGGUAAAACUUGCCUUAUUCUUCACACCGCUUCAUUAUGCGCUCAUGAAAGUGGUCACGAUAAGAACAUAUGUCAUGUGGAUGACAAUUCUGGCGAUGCUUUAUCACUCGACAUGGUUCCAAUGUACCUUGAAGUUGUUCUGGAGGGUGUAUGCAGUUCGCAAAGCAUAUUACACUUUGACAUCGUUAUUUGGCGACAAUCGUCACAUCCAGCGGUCGCCUCUGAUCGACGCCCAAACUGCCAUUGAUUUAUGCCACUCGUUCAUGUACAUACCUCGCACCGAUUCCAUAGCAAUGCUAAGAGGUCACAGGCUUCAGCUGCAUCUACAGAAAUUAUAUCCUUGGUCUGAGUCGAUACCGACAAGCAGCAGGAACGAUACCGCACAGCCACACAUCACUAUCAUAGAUUUGACAAUCUACGAGAAUCAAAGGAAAUGGAAAGACCAAGGCUGGUCAUCAAAAAUGCUCAGCUACGAGAAGCCGAGCUUCUGCAUGAAGAUCGAUGGUCGCUUAAUCGCAUGCAAGUCACCUUGGCAGUUCCAAGAGGGACUGCCGGCGGACUGGAUGUGGCUGGAUGAUUGCUGGCGACCAAUCGGCUGGAUCUACUCGGACACCAAUUGGCUUGUCACAGGUGACAGAGACUCGCUCGAGAGCUUUACAAGAACCAAGAUCUGGAAACGAAGAGCCUUCAAGGAGUGA